CUACCGAUCGCGAUACCAGGAAUACCUGUGUGACUAACCUGUGCUACACGCAAACCAACAGCCACAUUGCAUCGGAUCAUUAAGCGACUCACUUGUCCCACCAAGACUGCAAGGUUAAGACUAACGGAAGUUUGGGACCCGUCCAUAAGAUGAUCAACACUUCCCUCACAUGUCGAUUCUCAAUCUUGAGUCAGAUUUGUCUGCCCGAGCUACAAGACGAAAUACUUGUAGCAAUUGUGUUGCAAAAAGUUCCGAAGACCCGUCCUUACUUCAACUCACAUCAUUCAUCCUCAAAGAAAAUAGACCUCGAUCUUAAAGCACAAUGUCGGCAGUAUCAAACCCCUCCAGAUCACUGGGCAUUGUUUUCGCCCACGGGGGCUUCCACCUCCCCGCUUGUUUUGACCUUGCCAAAGCUCGGCUGGAGAAGGCAGGCUUUUCUCCAGUUGUUGCAGUCCGCCACCCCAGUGUGGGAACCGAUCCCAAAAUCACCGUUGACGACGAUGCCCGGAACAUCCAAGCCGAUCUUGCCCCUUACCUGGACCAGGGCAAAGAGUUCCUUGCUUUGGCUCACUCAUACGGCGGAAGCCCCUUGACCAUCGCAGCGAAAGGUUACUCGGUCAAGGAAAGAGCAACUUUGGGUCUCAAGGGCGGUUUUCGCGCCAUCGUCUUCGUAACAGCCAAUAUGCCCCCUAAAGCCGGCGCCAGUGCACUGAGCGUGCUGCCCCCCGGCUUGGAUAUUGUCGACAUGGCUGAUGGACUGGUCACGGCAAACGCCAAGGCCAAGGCAGCAUUCUACGGCCCCGAUAUGGACGACAACUUGGCUGAUGAGUGCAUGGCGGCACUGUUGCCGCAGUCGCAAGAGGCUCUCCUGGGUCCGGCAUCUGUCGGUUCGGAGGCAUUGAUGGUUCCCGUCUACUACAUCCUUUGCGAGAAAGAUCAGACCAUAUCCCCAGCCACGCAAGAGCAAAUCAUCUCGACCAUUCCUACGCUGAAGAGAGUUCUGAGAAAUCCUGGCGGACAUUCGGCCUUCAUCACUGAGGUGGACAAGUUUUUUGAGCAGAUUAACGAGAUUGCCGAUGAGGUAGAGAAAAGUCUCUAGAGAUCAAAUGCUAGAUUGAAGACCCUUUAGGCAAGGCCCACUAGCGCAACUGCUGUGGAGCGGCAUCCAUGAUUUGCUUGAACAAUUCGUCAGAGUCAGGCCCAACGGGGUUAGCCGCUUCUAGUGCUUGUUGACAGUCGUCGGGCGUGUAUAUCAACCUCUGGUUAGGGAACAUCUUGGCCUGUUUUGCCGACUCCCCCGAGAAGCGUAUCUUCCUGUCGGAACGGCA